AUGCCACCGCCACCACCCCCCAAAAAACCAACUGAGCCCCAGGGCAAAAACGAACGCAACGAAUACAUCCCCUCUUUCAUCUCCAAGAAACCCUUCUACAUCGACGACGCAACCGCUUCCCAAGAAGACUACCUCGAACAUCAACGUCUCUCAGCCCAAAAAGACGAAUCCCUCGCAACCCAAAAAUGGUACACCAGAGGCCAACGCGCUGGCGCUGUCACAGCUACAAAAUAUCGCAAAGGUGCUUGUGAGAAUUGUGGCGCUAUGGGUCAUCAAAAGAAAGAUUGUCUGUACAGGCAACGCAAAGUAGGCGCAAAAUUUACGGGGAGGGAUAUUAAGGCAGAUGAGCAGGGGCAGGAUAUUAACAUGGGCUGGGAAGCUAAAAGAGAUCGUUGGAGUGGUUAUGAUGCACGCGCAUACCAAGAAGUCGUGGACGAAUACAAUGAUCUCCAAGCUAUUAAGGAUGCCAAACGCAAAGCCGCUGGAAUUCCCGAGGACGAAGAAGACGACGACGACACAAACAAAGCAGAAGACGGAGACAAAUACGAAGAAGAAACAGACAUGGGUCGCAAACAACCAAACUCGUCCCGAAACCUACGUCUCAGAGAAGACACAGCAGGCUACCUCAAAAAUCUCGACCUCGAGUCUGCAAAAUACGAUCCCAAAACCCGCACUUUGAUCGACGACGCAGAAGGAGAAUUUCAACGUGCUUCUGGCGACGCUGCAGAAUUCGCACGAGCCCAGCGCUACGCCUGGGAAACCGCUGAAAACAGUGGUAGCAACAACGUGCAUUUACAAGCCAACCCAACAGCAGGCGAACACUACCGCAAAAAAGAAGCCCAAGAAGCAGCAGCAAAGAAAGAAGCAACCCGCAAAGCCCUACUAGAGAAAUACGGUGGACAAGAACACCUAGCUCCAGACCCAUUCAAACACGCUGCCAUCACAGAAAACGAAGUCUUCGUCGAGUACGACGAGCGCGGCAGAAUAAAAGGCCUCCCCGAGAAAAAGGAAAAAUCAAUGUAUGCGGAAGAUGUGUUGCUCAACAACCACACUUCAGUCUUUGGCUCUUGGUGGAAGAACUUUACUUGGGGCUAUGCAUGCUGUCACUCCACAAUAAAAAACAGUUACUGCGUGGGCGAAGCAGGGAAAGUCGCAUCCUCAAAUGCUGAAAAGCUAUCUUCUGGUACCCUGCUCGAUGACGCUAAAGCUUUGAAAUCCAACAUCACAACAGAAGUCCCAAAAUCAAUAGCUUGGAAAGAGGAAGAGAGGAAUGAAGAACACGUCCCCAAUGCCCCCGACCGCGCUGAAAAGACCAAACUAGACGAUCAACGACCAGAAGACAGAAAGAGAAAGCUUGACGAAAUCAGAGAUGGCGUGACGGAAGAAGAACUGGACGAGUACAGGAGAAAAAGAAAUGCUGGCAAUGAUCCUAUGGCUGGAAUGCUGGGCAAGGACGAAUUGAUCGAAUGA